AGUCAGUCACUCGACGUGUAAUACGUUGGACGUUUGUCGGUGCUGCGAAAAAUCGUCGUAACUUUCGUGAAAAAACGGGAGUUAAUACUUUUACGUGUUUUUGCGAAAGUGUUACAGGUGAUUGACGGAGUGUGAAAAACAGUUGUUGUGUGAUUGUUAUCGUGUUUUUGGAGUUUUCGACGUAACAAAGUGCAUUUUGGAAUGUUGCAAACAUCUCAGGUAUAAGUGCCGCGGAUUUAGCGCGAAGUGAGCGGGAUUUUUUACGAGUAACGAAUCAGUGCGUGGUGACAGUGCUUGUGAUGUGUUAAUUCACGAUGUUGGCGCGGUGGCGCUACGAUCGCUCGUGACGUCAGCUUCGAAAAUGGCGGACAGCAGUCCAGCCACCUCCAUCAUCGAGGGAACUGUCAAGUUUCGCGAUGGAAAAAAGUGGAAAUCGCGAUGGUGUGUCAUGCGGAAGCUAUCACCAGUGGCAGAUUGCGUGCACAUCCAACUAUACAAAGACCUGAAAGAGAGACAGAAGAACGGGCAGACGAAGGCGUCGCUCUCGCUCCAACAGUUCCUAGGAUUCGAGUCCGGAUUCACGCUCGACAAGGAGUCUAACACCUUGGCCAUUCUGUGCGAGGACGUGGUGCCAGUGCUCGCCUUUGACACCAGGGAGAUACUCAUACAAUGGAAGGUUAAGGUCCAACACAACCUCGGCAGCAGCAAAGAGUUCGCUGCGGUCAUCAUCUCGUCGCCGUCGUCAGUGAACGUACGGGCAGGUCCCGUGCGUCUACAUGCAUGUGGGCCUCGGCUAGCGUUGUGUGCGUCACGACCCCCUGAAGUUUUGGCAUUGUGGGAUGUUAAACUGCUCAGACGCUAUGGCAUGGUGGACAAGCGGUUCUGCGUGGAGGGGGGAUCCCGCUGCGGCAAGGGGGAGGGGCUGUUCGUGUUCGCAGCGGAGGGGGGGAGGGAGCUGACUGACCUCCUCAAUGUGUACAGUCAUGACGCUCAGUCCAGGCUUAGCAUAGCUUCUAGGAGUGGAUCUGUUCUAGAGAAACGGUUUUCCGACACCAGCUCCUGCAUGGACGACUGUUUCCACUCGUCCUUACGAUCAGUGUCCCCUUCCUGGGCAGCGCCGAGUAGCCAGACCAUGCAUUGUCUCUCAGACCUGGACUCCAGCAUGGACAGUAACGAGGAGAAGUUCCGAAGACCCACCUCGUUGCCAAGGUGUUCCAGCUGUAUUGGGAAGAUCAGCCAUUUGACCAGGUCAUCGACCUGCCAUACACCUGGUUCGAUCAUGUCUCCAGUCUGGACCAUGGAUAACAUCAUAGAGAAGCGAUCAGACUCCGACCGAGCGUCAAUAUACUCUAGAUCCAGUGGGAGCGCCUCUGAGUACAGUGUACCACGCAGCUCAUGCAUCUUGGAUAAGAGUUUCGACUCCAAAAGAGCAAGCCCUGUGGCGUGCUGUACUCCUGCAGUUCCCGUCAAAACUGGAGGGACCUGUCAAUGUUGGCAACAGCCCAAGCCUUGCUGCUGUAGGAAAAAGACAUUUAGUGGGCCUUAUGAGAAUUAUGACGUCCCUAAAACGCCCAUGCCACUUAUACAGGAACAUCCUGUCGAUGGUAACAACCCUGCAAGUCUUUACGAUACACCAAAGAAACUGAAAUGUCUUCUAAACGGCCAAGCCUGCAAUUGUUCGCACACGUCCGAUGCCAAAGCUGAAGAUAACCAAACAACUGAGAAUAACAACGCAUGUGAUACUAAUGUUAAUAAUAAUGAUGUUUCUGUAGAAUCACAUUCAAAUUAUGUUAAUGUUACCCCUAUAGCCAAAAAACCACAAGUACAUUACGGGAAUUACGCAAAUUUAGAUAUUUCAACAACCCUAGAGAAAUUUGAAAGUUCUUUGCAAAUUUUAAGGAGUGCAGGGUUUAGUCAAGAAGAACUUGACGCUUUAGAAGAUAUCCCUGAACAUGACGACGACAUUUCAACAGCAACAACAAAUACAGUUCAUCCAACGGAUUGCUGUAACGAUCAUAUGAAUUAUAUGCAUAUGGAGCCGUUAGAAAUUAGCAGUUCGAGUAAUAGCAAUAAGAAUUACUCCGACAACAUAAGCCGAAUCAGUCACAUGUCAGAUCCCACGCAACAUUCUGAUACUAUCAGCACUAUAAGUACAAGAAGAUCUAGUUCAGCUGACUUUACAAAAAGACACGACGACGAUUACGUUCUUAAUAAUCAAAUGUGUUUAACGCCUACUGUACUAAGGAAAGCACCUAAGAACGAAAGAAUAAACGAAGGAAAUUUGAUGAAGCCUUUAGAAAUAAUCGAGCCGUCGGAUAAAGUAUUCAAGGUGCCCGAAUCGAAAAGCGAGAACAUUUUCAUCACUCGAUUUCGCGACGCAGUCAAAAUCAGGCGAUCUUCAAGUGUGCCGAGUAAAUCCGAUAAGAAUCGGGACUCUUCGAGUUCAAACGACUCAGGAGUAUCAACGGGAUCACUGAAGCAUCAUAAAGGUGAUUUCACAGACUUCGAGAUGCCGAUAACCAAUGCGAAGUCUACGAAGAAACAUAUGAAGUGCAAUAAACAGAUGAGGCGGUCAAUGACACCGGUACACAUGGGCUUCUUGAAGUCAAAUUCAUCAGAUCCGUUGAAGAAUCUGACGUUCCAUUUCGAAGAGGUGUCGGCGUUAACGAAAUCAAAUUCGUGUGACGUCGAUACACUGACGAGGAGGAAGAAGAAUCAUUUGGACACGGACUUGACGGUGCGCCACAGCCAACUGACUACCAAAAGCACGUCAUCAGGCGCCUCCGACACCUCCGACUACAUGGAGUCCCUCUCCGUCUCCUCGUUCUCCUCCUGCGACGUGUCCGCGGACCGGCACGCCGCCAGACCUCGCUCAGGGAAGGAGUACGCCAGCAUCGACAGGGCUGCGCUGGCUGGCGUCUGCGAUGUUGGUAACUGAAACGGGAUUCACCGAAAACUGGAGGUUCAGACAACGUGUCUGAAGACCGCUCCGCCGUUAUGAAUUAAAUAUGUUGUUAAAUGGUUUUAAAAAUAUGUUUGUUUGUAUUAAUUUUAUUGUUCGAAAUACACAUAUUGUUGUACAUAAAAUUAAUACAAGAAUUAUGUAUGCCUGUAUUACUCAUGUAGUCCAUCUUAUCAACCAAUGUCAAAAUUGUUAGAGAAUACAUGGGAAUAAUUGGUAUUUUAGGCCAAUUAUUAAGCCUUUACAUAUUUUUUUAUUCUCAAAGUAAGUACAUUAUUACAAAAAAUGUAACUCAAAUCAGAUUUUAUCUCAAAUGUCUUUGAAAUACCAUGUUGAUGUGUCUUUCUGUACCAACAAGUGAUGUCAGUAUGUUAUUUCCCAUAUUAAUACAGUUGCCAUUUGGCUUCUGUAAAUUGAAAUUUUGCAAUGAUCACUUACACAAAUGCGGUAGGGUAGGUAGGUAUAUGGAGCAUACCAGAGCGUACCGUGUACAAGUAAAAAUAUAACAAUGUAAACUUUCUUACUGCCUAGACAAAUAUAUUGUUUUUUACUCACUCACACCCUGAUUUCUCUGAAAAUGUAAAUAAAUGAUGUACAUAUUGUUGAGUACAUAACAGCGCGAGUACUUACUCUUGUUCCUAUGUACAUAGCUAAGAAAAUUAUGGGGAAACUAUGUUAAAAGUAGACAAAACGAAUUUAGAUUUUUAGUAGUGUGCCAAAAAUAUUGUAGCUGGCUUUACAAUAAGGUUUUGGGUAAUAUUAUCAAUUAUAAUGUGUGAAGUAUAUUUUUAAGCUGCAAUUUUUUUUUUAAAUUUAUUCUUAGAGUGGGUAUCAGUCAAUUUUCAAGUUAACUUCGACCUGCGCGCCUCCCGAUUGUUUGGGGAAAAAUGGCGUAGUUUGCGAUUUUCUGCGCAGAUCAACGUAAAUUGACUGGUGCAACCUACUUGUUAUUAUAAAAAUGUCAUUUUCGUACUAAUUACUUUAUUAUCAAAUUUCGUGACACUAGUGUCAGAUUUUUAAAAUUCAAACCAUUGUGUGGUUUGUUUGUUUCAUAAAAUGAAAUGACUUUUAAAUAUAUAUUAUUUAAGAGAAUAUUCUUAAGAAAAUAUAUGAAUUUUUAAUGUUUAUAAUGUGUAACAUUCAGUUGUAAAUCUUCAAGUAAUACUGUAGAUUUCACCUAUUGUAUGUAUAUCAUUACAAAACUAGCAUAGAUACUUAAAUUAUUUGUGCCUUUUUUGGAAAAUAAAUUUCUUUUAUUA